GCUAUUUUAGAAAAAAUAUCAUUAGAAAAUUAUUCAUUUGACAAACAUACAAGGAAUUUAAAGAAAAAAUAAUGUAUUUCAAAUUUGUGAUCUAUUUUAUUUUAAUUGUUCUACUUAUACAAUUUACAUCAAAGACGAACGCGAUUACAUUGCAAGAAGUUCAAAAACGUCUUUUAAAUUUGUACCAUUUUGUUUCCGAUAAAUCAUACGAUUCAAAUAUUUUUAAAGAUAUAGAUAAUAAUGAUGAUUACAAAAACUAUGAAGAGUUCGUUAAUCAUUUUAAACUACUAUUCAAAAUAAUACUAGAAAACUGUGAUAAAAAUUUAAUAGCAUACAAAGAAGUUGUUAAUGAAAUGGAAAAAAUUCAGAAAACAAUUUUUCAAUAUGCUGAUAUUGAUAAUGAUAAAUUCGUUUCCAUCGAAGAGCUACAAAUGAUGAUAAAAAAUAAACAACCUAAACUAUCUAGUAAAUCUCUCGAUGAAUUAUUUCAAGAAAUCAAGGUAUAUGAUAUUGACAAUGACGGGAAAAUUAAUUAUGACGAAUUUUCCAACUUCAUUAAUUCAUGGACCCCAAAAAUUUUCAGUCUUGGACUAUUGUCAAAAUUUCGAUUCGAGAAGCUCAACAAAAAUUGAACUUUUACCAUAAUUAUGAUUCUGUAUUAUGUAAUAUAAAGUGCAAAAGAGAGCGAAAAGAAGACAGGAACAACCUACUUAUUUCAAUAUAAUUAUAUUUUAUUAUUGAAAUCUGUAUAUUUUAAGACAAAAAUAGAAUAAAUGACAUAAAGAAGUUUAUUUACAUUAUA